AUGUCUCUUUCAUUAAAAAAAUCAUCACAAAAUAUUUCCGUUAAAUGGAGUGCAUCACAUAUAAGCAAUAAUUUAACUAUUAAUCGUUCUACUGAAUCACGUCGAUCAACAAUGUAUGGUUUAUCACAUAAAAGUGGUUUUACAAUGGUAACUGUAUCUGAAGAUGGUACAAAACAAAUACAAGGUCAAGUUAUAUGUCGAGCUGUAGGAAAUAAUAAUACUCCUGCACCGGAAAAUGAUGCUCGAUUUAUUGCUUAUAUAAUUCAAGCUGCAUUUGUUAAUCUACCAAUUCGUAAUAUACUUGUUCUUGCUUGUACAAAAAGUAUUCAAAUUUAUGAAUUGGAUGGUACAACAAAUUUAUAUACUCAUAUACUUGACAAAAAUCAUCCUAAUCGAACAGAAUCAUCAACUUAUUCUCGUGGAAUUGCAGGCAUUGGUCAAAAUUUAUUAUGUGUUGGUAAUCAUCAAGGUGAAGUUCUUGUAUUUAAUAUUCCUCAAAAAGGAACAAAUAUAACUCUUAAAGAAACUAUAACUGGUCAUCAAUUUGGUAUAACAAGUUUAGUAUCAAAUGCUCAUCUAUUGAUAUCAAGUGAUACGAGUGGUGUAAUACUUAUUUGGAAUGUUCGUACAAUGUCACAAAUAAAUGCAAUACAAUCAGUCGAUGAAAGUGGUGUAACAUCGUUAGCAAUAUGGAAUAAUUGUAUUGCAGCUAGUUAUGCUAAUGGAAUGAUUCGAUUUUUUGAUCCUGAAAAUGCUCAAAUGUGUGGUUCUAUUAAUGCUCAUGCACGAUGUAUCAAUGCAAUUGAUUGUAAUGAACAAGGUUUACUUGCAUCAGUAAGUGAUGAUUGUUACGUUCGCAUUUGGAAACUAUCUGGUGAUGCUGAGAAUUUACAAAUAUCUCAUGAAUGUAAUCAUCGUAUUGAAAAUAGUCAAUUGGUUGGUAUAAAAUUUUUGAAUUUAUCACGUUCAGAUUUAGCUGUUUCAGCAUAUGAUUCAAGUGAAGUUACAAUUUUUCGUGCAAUAUAA